AUGGCAGCGAAGUGUUGUGUCUCGGUGUGUCGAGGGAUUUCAGCAAGGCGAGCCGGGCUGCCUACCAGGCACUGCGAGGUCGCAGAGAAUCGAAGGUGUGCGGAAGUCUUUUAUAUUUAUUUUCAUGCAGGGAGAGUGGAAGAACCUUAUGUCAGCAUUACCAAGAAGAGGCAGAUACCCAGAGAUGGCAAUUCGGAGGAAGUGGAGAAAGAGGUGGGCCAGGCAGAGGGCAAGCUCUUCACACACAGGGCUGCGUUUAGCAGGGCAUCGGUGAUCCAAGCUUUCCUGGGCUCUGCACCGCAACUGACUCUUCAGCUGUAUAUAUGUGUCCUACAGCAGGAGAUCACAGCAGCUAGAAGUAUCUGCAUGGUGCUUUCCCUCCUGUCGAUAGUGUAUGGAGCCCUGCGCUGCAACAUCCUGGCCAUUAAGAUUAAGUAUGAUGAUUACGAUGUCAGUGUGAAACCUGCUGCCUACCUCUGCGUCUUCCUCUGGCGGAGCUUUGAGAUUGCUACCAGGGUUAUCGUCCUCGUCCUCUUCAGUUCAGUCCUUCAAAUCUGGAUCCUUCCUGUGGUGCUUGUCAAUUUCUUUGCCUUUUUCUUCUACCCAUGGAUUCUCUUCUGGCAAAGUAAGUGCGCUUUGCCAGAAAACAUAGAGAAGGCUUUGAGUAAAGUAGGCACCACCAUUGUCCUCGGCCUUCUCACUUUCUUGUAUGCCGGCAUCAACAUGUUCUGCUGGUCGGCCGUGCAGCUGAAGCUAAGCGAUUCUGACCUAAUUGACAAAUCCCAGAACUGGUACAGGCUGGCUUUAUAUUACAUAAUAAGGUUUUUUGAGAAUGCUUUUCUCUUGCUGAUGUGGUAUUUGUUUAAGACUGAUGUCUACAUGUAUGUGUGUGCCCCAUUGCUGGUCUUGCAACUGUUGAUUGGCUAUUGCGUAGCUGUUCUUUUUAUGCUUGUGUUUUACCAGUUUUGCCACCCAUGCAAGAAACUUUUCUCAUCUAAUAUUUCAGAAGGAUUGCUCAUGUGUUUCAAAUUCUUUUGUUCUGUCUGCAAGCCUGUGACAUCCAGCAACUUGAUGGAGAAAGCAGACUUGAAAUUCCCAGAUGAUACGGAUAAUGAUGCACAGGCCAGUUACAAAACCAAUGAAUCCCAGAAUGGAAAUGCCCAUCACAGUGUUUCUUCCAAUGCCUAGAACUAGGCGUCUGAUGU